CUCAAAGAUCCUCAAAAAGAAAAGAUUGCGAGAUAUUUCGUAUUCUCCAAAAUGUUUCCAAAUGACUAAAAAUUGAGAUGAAAAUGCUGGAACUUGAAAACAAUAUUCUGACUGAAGAAAGAAAUUAGAGUGGACCUGCACCAUGCCGACAAAUAACUACAAAAACAUAGUUCUCACCUGGUUACAGUUCUUAGAGAUGGAAAGAUAUAGUGAAGGAUUCCUUGAUAAUGGUUAUGAUGAUCUGGAAACAGUGAAAAAGAUGGGUGAGGUUGAUCUUCUCAUGGUUGGUGUUACACAGGAACACAUUGAAUAUAUGCUUUGUAGCGUCAAGGUUCUUCAGAAACAGGGGGCUGCCUGGGUCUACCUGCUGACAAGUGAUGAGUACGCUGACCGACUAGACUCAGAUUACGAGCAAAGCGAUCAGAAUACUACCGGCAGCUCAGGGAUUGGAUCUUUACCUUACGAUUUUGGAGAAUCUAAACCCAGUGAUACAAUAGAUAUGGACCAGGAUAGGUUGUAUACCUUGAAGGAUUCCUGCUUCAAAUCCGGACUUAUUAGUUCUGCCCCCGAGACUUGCAUAGACUCAUCACAAGGUGAAUCUCCGGUGCUACACGCCGGAUAUCUGGACAGCAGCGUGUACUGCAACCCUAUCGAGUACAACGCGAGCCCCGACGUGGUUCAGCUGAAUAAUAAUGAGCUCUGUGAGGAUAGGAAUGGACGGUAUUUAAGCUGUGAAACUAGUAAGGGAAGAUACAAUAAUUCUGACAGUGAGAAUAAAGGUGGACGGAACUUUUUAACAGUGCAUACCAGUAAAUACGAGCCACAGUACCAUUUCGAAAGUCCACAAAAAGACCGUCCUGUGAACAGUAGGACUCUCAGUGUUACUCAGGACCUAAGAGGACGUAUUAAUACAUCAUGUACUUUGGACAUGUCAGCUGUGACCAGUGAUCGGCAAGCAGCGGUCAGUGACCGAUUAUCAUCCAUGGAUUCUAACCAGAAAGAAAGAAGAAUACAACCGACGGUCAACCGACCGAUAUUAUCUAGAGAACCAAAGAUGGAAACUAAUGAGAUAAAGUUGAGUCACCGACAGUUAGGAUCUAGUGACAGGCAACUGGGAUCUAGUGACCGGCAACUGGGAUCUAGUGACCGGCAGCUGGGUGUAAAUGACCGUCAGCUGGGUGUUAAUGACCGCCAGCUCUCAACCUGUGAUUGGAUAGGAUCUAGAGCCGAGGAAAUAGAACUAGAUGGUUCCUGGUUUCAACCAAAACUAGACCAGCAGGCAAACCAUAAGAGAACUGGAAGUUGGUCUUCUUUGGUCAGCAGUUUCUUUUGUAGAAACAAAACCAGUAAACCGGGAUACAGAGAAACCAAACUUCAAGGUUUGCAGACUGCUGUUUAUCUAAGAAAAACUGGUUCUUCAGUAACCCAGUUAUACAGGGACACCAGGGACUCCUCUGAUACUGGUAUUGAGCUGACUCCUCUUCCUUCAAGAGCUAAGGAUAGGAGUUGUAUCUCCAGUAUCCACCACUAUACAGAGACUACCAGUGAUAAAGAGUCCAACGGUUCAGGAGUUAAACAUAGAAAGUUUAUUAAUUUUCCUAAACUAGCCACACCACUUGUUCAACAUAGAGACUAUACAACCAGGAGGACUACUAAACAGGACUAUCUGUAGUCAGAUUUUUGAGGAGGACUGUUAAACAGGACUAUCUGAAGUCAAGUUUAUGAGGAGGACUGUUAAAAAGGACUAUUUGUAGUCAGAUUUUUGAGGAGGACUGUCAAACAGGACUAUCUGUAGUCAAGUUCAUGAGAAAUACUGAUAAACAGGAAUAUCUGUAGUCAACUUCACGAGGAGUACUGAUAAACAGGACUAUCUGUAGUCAAGUUCAUGAGGAGGACUGAAAGCAGGACUAUCUGUAUUCAAGUUCACGAGGAAGAAUAAUAAACAGGAGUAUCUGUAGUCAAGUUCAUGAGAAGCACUGAUAAACAGGACUAUCUGUAGUCAAGUUCACGAGGAGUACUGAUAAACAGGACUAUCUGUAGUCAAGUUCAUGAGGAGGACUAAUAAACAAGAUUACCUGUAGUCAAAUUCAUGAGGAGGAAUUUUACGUCAUAUACUAAUAUAUCUGAAUCCAUGAAUUUAUGAACUUAUCUGUGAAUGCUCAUGAAUUAUUUAAAUCUAUGAUUAUGAACUUAACUGUAAAUGUUCAUGAAAUAUUUCUAUUUUCAUGUUCAUGAAAUAUUUGAGGGUUCGUAAACAUUUGACUAUUGCUCAUGGACAAACAAGGACCGAAAUUAAUGAAUUGAAUAGCUCACUGAACUAACUACCGCCAAUUCAAAUCCUGUAUUACCGAUUCAGUCUCCGAUUCAAAAUCUAAAUCCUCAUGAAUCUUUAACUUUGAGAUCCUGAGGAACGAUCGUUCUUUAACGGAACGGAAAGAACGUUUUUAAAAUAGUAUGAAAAUUAGCUCAAGGACUUCUUACAGUUGCAACUCGUUAAAUCCGGUCCCUUAGUCCAUUUCCGGACUUUUGUUCUCAUAAAUAGAUCUAUUGCUUUUUAAGAGGUUAAUUUAAUUUAGUUUUUUAUUAUCUGUAACAUGGUUAUAUAAACUAUAUUCAAUGUGGAAUCUAAGUUUGUCUUCUUAAGUGUAUUGCCGCCUAAAAGUAUCCAAUUUGCAUCAAGAUUUUAUGAUACAAUUUUUAAUAGUGUAUUUUUUUAUGAAAUGCUCUGCCAAACGAGGGGAGGAAGGCCAACCACAUCAAUCUC